AUGCUUAGGCCCCAUAACAACCUUGUUCUAUCAGAUAUAGCCCUGCGCGUCGCGCCAGGAGAGAAGCUCGCCAUCUGCGGAGCGUCUGGGAGUGGGAAGACAUCGCUAAUCAUGACGCUGUUACGCAUGACCGACCUGCACCAAGGAGUGAUAACCAUCGACGGCGUCGACAUCGCAGCGCUGGCCGGGAACGAUGUCCCUGCCAAACUCAAUGUCAUUCCCAGGGAGCCCUUCUUCAUGCCGGGCACCGUCCGGUUCAAUCUUGACCCCGAGGGGCGCGUGUCUGACGACGCCAUUGAGACAGCACUCCGCAGGCUCCUGGCCCUGGCGCGGGCGUUGCUCAUGCCCAGCAGGAUCCUCGUCCUGGACGAGGCGACGAGCAGUGUCGAUGACAAAACCGAGGCGAUCAUGCAGGAGGUGAUUGACACCGAAUGGCGCCAGCGGAAGGUUAUAUCGGUCCUUCAUCGGUUCGCGCACAUUAGGUGGUUCGACCGAGUGGCUGUGUUGUCGAGCGGGCGACUCGUGGAAUGUGACACGCCACAGGUGCUGCUUGGACGGCCGUCGGCCUUCCGUGAGCUGUACCAUGCGUUUAAUUAUAUUCGAGGUAUAGUAGAUGGUUUCAUCUAUUAA